AUACGCGGCACUCGCGAGGACGUUAGCCCGCCGACCGCCGGCCGCCGCACACGCGUCGCGCGCGUUACCAUGUCCCGCGCCCGUUCCAUGUGUUAAACUGUUAAAGUUGUUAAACUGUGCCUGGAUCACUACUCUCGUUCACUAUGGGUGAAUCGCUGCUGAAAGAGGAUCCGCUCUCCAGGAUCCAGAGGGAGAUAAUAGAGGUCACAGAAAGAGAGAGAGAAUUUAAGGAAGGGCACUUCAGGGUGAACAAAAUGCUUUCGGAGUCGACGAUUGAGAUGAACCAUCAGAAUGGUCACAUGAAUGGUGACGCGGAGAAGCCGCCGCGGACGUUGAACCGUGCUGUAUCCACGUCACAGCUCCUCGGUCCUAUCGCCCCGUCGCCGCCCACACCACCGACUUUGCUGAACACAAAUGGCUACACGAGACGCUUCACACCUCAGAAUGGAACCAAAGGCAUCAUGCAAAGGUUCAUAGCCAACAAAGGGAAACUCCCUACCACGUCGCCUAUGACGCCUACAUCACCUGUCGCAUUCGCUCCACCUCUAAUCUUCACACCUUCCCCUGUAGUGGCCCCUAUCAGCCCUACAACGCCUAUCAUCACACGCACGCCCGAAGGCAAACCCGUGCGAAAAGGCUACGUACCUGUUGAGGAGAAAAUCCAGAAAGAGCUUCAAGAGAUGAAGGAUAGAGAACACGAGCUGAAACGUAUGAGGAAGAAGCAGAGACCUUUUGAUUUAGAGUUGAGCGAUAAUGAGACCAGCUCCGAGUCAGAGGACGAAGAGAUCCCGAUGCCAGGGAAAUUAAAGCCGACUAAAUCCAUAGGAGAGCUGUAUGAGGCUUUAAAUGAUGAGCUACGGUCUCCAUCGCCGAGGAACAGCUCAGGCCAUGAGUCUAUAGGAAGUUUGAAGCCGGCAAAAUCCUUGGCUGAGCUGUGUGAACUCAGUCCAGGACAGGAAUUCCUCGCGCCAAGUUCUACAAGACUCAUCGCGCAGUGGGAGUCCAUCAUCCAGCAGAAACACGAAACUGGUGCGGCCUAACUGGUGUCACGAGACAUCGUAUGAUAAGUCCAAUGUGAUCGUCGCUCGGACGUGGCGCCGAAAUGUGUGUGGGUUUUGGUAACUUUAUCUAGUGCGAAACACGAUACGGUACAGCGGACAGUCUAAUGAGCAGGUCGCGAGUGUGAGUGAACGCCUGGUGAAGAAAUUACAGCGGUUUUUGUCCCGCAGACUUCAGCUGAUCGAUUUCUUUCAUCGAUCAGUCGCGGCGCGCAAUUAAUUUUCUCCCGAUCGCGAACAAUGCAAAUGAUGGUUAUCCGUAACAGCAAUUAUCUCGUGCAUGCGCUGUUGGAAAGCGGCCGAUACAUGAUCCGAACUCCUCGAAGUGUGAGUAAGUUUCUUCCUAUUGUUUGGUAGCUAAAUACUGAAAAACCUGGGUGUUUUGCGUCGCUUUCCCAGUCCGCGGGACAUGCCGCCGCCACCGGCGCCAUUGUGCUGGCUUUCUUGGCGUUGUGAGAAAACUUAUGAUCGUAAAAACCGAUGAUUAGCCGGGAAUUCGCUCCCAGUGCCACAAUAAAGCGAUUAAUAACGCUAUUCAGCAUGACGUGGAUUGUUUUCUGUUUCCCGCGUGUCACCGCGGCUCUGUACGUGUGGUCAUUGCGUUAACUACGCCAAUAAUCGUUAUUCAUCUGUCAAAAGAUUAGGGAACUUUCUACUUCUACACAGUAGGAGAUUGAUGGAUGAGCUAAUGAGUGUUCGGCCGAAGCUGGCCUUUGAAUGUUUUGAUGGGCCGAGCAUCUCCAUUCGUGUUCAUAUUUCACUAUCAUUUAUAACUCUAAUGAGCGUUCACUUGGCCCGUCAAUUGGGUCACUAGUAUUCCUUUCAAUUUCUAGUAUUAAUGUACUUAACUCUUCACUUUAACGAGUGCCUUUGAAAGUCAGUAGUGUCAAAUAGCGUGCCUUAUUUACAUCUAGUUCUAGUGCCCAGAAAUUGUUCUUUAUUUCUUUCAAUUUUAUAUAAUAUCCUAAUCUUAUGAUUUUUUACAUUCCGUUCUAACUUUUAACUUUAUUUAAGGAAGCAGUUCAAACAAUAAUGUUAAUUUGAGGCAGUUACUGAUUAAUUAUUAUGAUUAAUUAGUGCGUUAUGAAGGUAAAGGCAUCAACCUUGACUGUAGUUUCUUGAUGGUUCUUUUUCAUUUCUUAUGCAAUAUUGUUGCGUAUUUUUAUAUUCUAGUGCAUAGACAAAACAACCAUGUCACUAGCCUUAGAUAUAGCCAUAAAAUGCGGUGUGUGCGGAAUGGGUCAGUGUCAUAACACGUGUUAUUAUGUCAUUGUAUGAAAGCGUGCGAACGAUUAUAAUAUGUUGGGUUCUGAGUUUUGCAUUUUAUACAGUAUUUUUUAUAAAUGGAAUUGUAAUAGGGGUAGAUUUUGUGGUUAUUCGUUGGUAUUUUUACAUAUUUGAAAACGUGAUAUGGCAUUUUCCUGAAAGGUUGGCAAAAUUGUUUUAAUUAAUGGCAUCCUCAAGUUACUCGCAAUCUAUUGACGAGAAUAGAUUUAAAAUUGUUAUUAUACCUAUACCUAUUGUGUUAUUGAACUUUAGUACGACAUCGUAGGUACUACCAUAAUUGUCUACCUAUUUAGAGUUUAGACAAAAUGAGCUUAGUGUGCUUGAAUAUACAUUGACUGUAUUUUGUCAGCUUGACUGUCACAUUUUUCUAGUUUUGUACCAAUUAUGGUAGUAGGUACAGUUGCGUUUUGUCUAUUCUAUGUCAUUCCUCAAUGUUUUAGAGUCGGACCAAGAUAACUCUGCAUGGAAUUUGCAAAAACAAAGUGUGGAAAUGUCAUCAAUAGUGUAAAUUUUUUAUCAAUAUUAUUUUAGGGACUGUCAUUAAACAAUCCCUCAUUUUGUUCUGUUGAAAUCGGUGCAAAGUUAUCUUAGACGGACUGUAAAUGUAUUCUGCUGGACUAUUUUAGCAUAAUAAUAAAUUAGUCAAAUUAAUUUAAUUUUAUUAGUUACUAGAGCAAAAUAAUAAUAAUUGAGAUUGAUAGUAUUAAUUGUUGCAAUAAGGCGCGGCGGUGCCAGCAUAGAAAUAUGUAUUAUACAAAAUGCUUGUCCAAAUAUUUGCGACAGCACUUUAUAAAAGCCAUCCUGAAUGUUUUUUUCAUUGGAAAAAUAAUUGAGAAUACAAAAAGUAUAAAACUUGUACAUGUCUAUUUUGCAACACGACGUUGAAUCGGCAAAAUCGGUGAUAUAAAUUUUAUAGUUCGUCUAACCUUUGUGUUCAGCGCUACCAUAACAGUUAUUCUGAAAAUAUAACGUUUAUAGUGGUGCUGAAAACUUUUAAGUUAGCACUUUAUGUAUAGGUACCUAGUUAUUAAAGGACGUUACAUACGUAAAGUGCCUAAUAUUAUGUCGAGAGAAUUUUGUAUGAUAAUUAUUUUUUUUUUUAUUGUAAGUUUAACAGAAAAAAUACAAUAUUUAGUACCUUAAUCUAAUGUUUCGCCAAACUGUGAGACAGUUUGUUGGCGGUGGAAGGAAUGGGAGUCUCGGGAGUGGGGAGUCGUUGUCGGAAUUUUUUCCGACCUUUUCCUAGACAAAAAAUUGAAACGAUGCUAAAAUCGUCAGUUUUUCCGGUACAAUGUAGUGUUGCACUUAUGUCUCUAUGCAAUUAUGCUAUUAAAAUAUCUUUUGAAUAUUACUACAUGUAAGUCCAUGAUGGAUACUUUCUUAACGUUCCGUAAAAAAAUGUGAUAAUAAAUUGCCUUAAUAUUGUUAACUUUACAUUAUAUUAUAUACAGUUUUGUAAAAUACCGUUCCGACCGUUUACAAAUGAAAUGAACUACUUAUUUAUAUUGUGCAUAGUAGUUAAAUUGUUAAUUUAUAAAUAUUUAAGUUUUUGAAAUAAAUACAUUGUGAAAAGCAAAA